GAGGAGAGAAAAAAAUGGAGUGGGUGUGGUAUAAAGAAGACACGAGAGGAUGCUGAGGGUUUAAGCGAGGGGAGAUAGAGAGAGAAGAAGGAGAAAGAGGAGUUGGUUCCGAGGGGUUUUUCUUCUUCCGUCCGCCGAUCCAGGAGGAAACUGCAAGGAAACCGAUGAAAAGGAUUCCUGCGCAGGUGCUCAAUCUUGGAUGACUCGUUUCAGAUGCUCUUUGGAGGUGAUCUCACUCUCCUAUAAAUCUUCACCGUUUCUUGCUAUGGCAAGUUCUACUGCAUCAAACCAUCCGGCUUCAGAUAAAGAUUAUCUAUGUGGUAUUUGUGUCCAUUUGUUGCCAGUGAAAGUCCCUCUCUUAAGUGAGAUCAAGAAAUGGUGGUGCGAAAGAGGUUGGAUUAUGGAUCCCGUGGCCACCAAGUUCCCACUAUGCCACGUGUUCCAAGCUCAGCUCGGGGGAAACGCUCAACAAGGAGAAAGAAAGAUGAGAUGUGUGCGUUUGAUUUGCUUGCGACCGUUGCAGGAACACUGUUAGCAGGUCAGGAGAAUUCAUCUAAUGUUCCUAGCACCAAUACAGCGGCUGCAAACUAUGCCAAGAAGAGGAAAUCGGUUAAAGCUGAACAGUGUGAUGAAGUUCUGCCGCUCAAAAGUGUAGCUGUGGAGAAUUGUAUAGUGGGUUCUGGUGGUGUCUGUGCCUCUCCUAGGCAAGCUAACAUCUGCUUGGCAGAAAACUCGUCGACAAGAAAUGAAACUAACUCAGUAUUAGAGUUACUAACUGUGAAACCAAGUAUGUUGGUUAACGACUCGUUGUUUACUUGUACAAAAUCAUGUGACCGUGGUCAUCCUGGAUCUACACGGUCAAUGGAGGCUAACCAAGUGCAGGUGCAGCAACCUAUGGCUGGUGACACCACAACUCUAUACAGUUUGGUUAGCUCUGUGGAUCUGGAUGGCAGACCUCCUGCUUUGGUUAGCUCUGACAGUAGCUCAGGAAUGCCUGACCACAAUACCUCCCCCUUAUGCCAUGCUGAAGUGCAGCAUGCUGCAUAUAGAGAUGAUGACGAAAAUUCUUCCGGGUGCACUCAUUCAUGCACCGCAGGAAACAAGAGUUACAUGCCACAUUAUACAGGCGAUAAUAAGAUAAGAAAAUUGUUCGCAUCGAAGUUAAGAAAGGCAGCUCGUAGUAAGAUGUGUGGAGAGAUGUCUAAUAAAGGUAGCAAGCUAAACUUCUGUGAAAAGAAGAUAUCCACCACACGCCAAAAGGUGCAAAGAGCAAUAUUCAAGAGGAAAAAGCUAGUGCGGCGUCAUUUUACACCAUCUUCUCCUAAAGGGAUUGUAACCGAAGCCAGCGGGACACCAUUUUCUGUGGAAGGUCAAAAUCCAUUAUGUGGAUCUGAGGACUACCAUGUCAAGUUAAGAAUCAAGUCAUUCACCAUCCCGGAACUGUUUGUUGAGAUCCCUGAAAAAGCAACAGUUGGUUCAUUGAAGAGAACUGUAAUGGAUGUUGUUACUAGUAUAAUUGAAGGUGGCCUCCGGGUCGGUGUUCUUCUUGAAGGAAAGAAUAUUCAAGAUGACAGCAAGACACUUCGUCAGGCUAGAAUUUGCCAUGGUCAAAAUCUAGAUAACAUAGACUUUACAUUGGAAUGUGAAGCUGGGCAAAACUCUUCCCCUGGGGUCAUGAUACCAGAGGAAAUGAAUAUUCUUGGAGCAGAUGCCGCAGAACCAUUAGCCAGGAUAAAGUGUGAAGAGCCAUUUUCUGAAACUAAGGUCGUUGGUAACAAUCAGCAGCAUAUGCACACUUCUUUAAACUGCGUCCGGAGCGAUCCUGGUUCUGUUCAUUCUCUUGUCGAAUUGACUGCGCAAGAAACAUCAGCAUGCUCACAAGCCAUUGUCCCUGCUGUCUCUCCAAACUCAGAGGCUCUAGCCAUUGUGCCCCUUUGUAAGUCGAAGCGGCCUGGUAUUGCACAAAGGCGCAUAAGGAGGCCAUUCUCUUUGCCUGAGGUGGAGGCGCUAGUGGACGCUGUCGAACAGCUUGGGACAGGAAGGUGGAGAGAUGUUAAAAUGCUCGCCUUUGACAAUUCUGAUCAUAGGACCUAUGUUGACCUUAAGGACAAGUGGAAGACCCUGGUGCACACUGCAAGCAUAGCCCCGCAACAGAGGCGAGGCGAGCCUGUUCCGCAGGAUCUGCUCGACCGGGUGCUGGCGGCGCAGGCCUACUGGUCCCAGCAUCAGCUCUCAGCCAAAGCUUCAGGACCGGGCUCCUCCAGCUGCUGCUGAAAUCUCUGCCUUGCCUAGAAAGGAACACUGAUCCUUCUGUAAAAAAAAGAUGUCCAAAGGAGUUCGACUAAUUUAUGUAUUAUUCCAAACUCACAGAUAAUUUGUUUUCCUUCUCUUUGGUUGAUGGUCAAGCCAGGUGCUCUCUUCCUCUGUGGAUUAAUAAGAGAAAGUACCUAGUCUGGCAGCCCCUUUGUAAAUGGUUUUAUAAACGAUUUGCAUACUUCUGAUUCAUCAGAUGCUCAUAAAAAAACUCUUCUACAUUCCAAUUUU